AGUUCGAAUCUCCACAAAACAUUAGUCUCUGACAUAUAUUUCCAUUGCAUCUCAUCUCAUCUCAUCUCCCGCUAAGGUGAUAAAAACGAAAGCAACAUUGUUGAAGGAUUGAUUAGCCAUAACUAUAAUAUAAUAAUCUCCUUCUUCUUCAUGCUUCCUCGUUUCUCUAACCUUCUACGCCACCCUCCCUUCAACUCCAUCAUGUCACGUGCCAUCACGUGCUCUCUCCCUCAACCCCAUUCCUCCUAUUCCGUCUCAUUCAACAACUCUUCCGUUUUUCCUUUCUCUAACUCUCCUCCUCGCCGUAUCUUGUUUGCGCUAUUUGCUCAGCAGCCGCAACCGUUUCGUGGAGUCCGUGCAGCCGGCGGAGGAGGAAAGAGAGAGUAUCGGAAAUUCAGAAGCCGAGCGCCGAAGAGGAAGAAGGAGUUAGAACUCUCCGUCCCUAUUUGCAUCGAAGAAAGUUUGCCUGAUGAUCCUGAAAUCUUGAAUAUUGCAGAGAUGCUUCGUCUAAAUGUCCCAAUGGCAAUGAAACUGGCAUUUGAUGGUUUGAAAGGUUCAGAGUAUAAAACAAGAGAUACUGCUAUAGAUGAUGUUGGCAGGUUUGAAAGUGUUGAGUUAUCCGUGCUUCUUUGUAAUGAUGAGUUUAUACAAAAACUUAACAGGGAAUGGAGAGAUGAAGAUCACGCUACCGAUGUUCUCUCAAUGUCACAACAUGAACCUGGACUCAAUCUUCCUAUUCUUAUGUUGGGUGAUAUUGUAAUUUCUCUUGAGACAGCGGCAAGACAAGCAGAGGAAAGAGGACACACACUUCUUGAUGAGAUCCGUAUCCUCAUGGUCCAUGGCUUGUUACAUCUUUUGGGAUUUGAUCAUGAAUUAAGUGAAGAGGCUGAAGUAGAAAUGGAAAAAGAAGAGGAACUCCUUUUGCAAAGUCUUGGUUGGAAAGGAAAAGGGCUAAUAAAGAGUGCAUAUGAUGCUGAAGAAAAUGCAAGUUCUCAGCAAAACAGUUCAGAUGACAGGAAGAAAGAAGGCAGUCUUCGAUUUUACAAACCAAAGUUCAGCUAUAUCUUCUGUGAUAUGGAUGGAACAUUGCUGAACAGCAAAAGUCAAAUUUCUACUUCAACUGCCAAGGCUUUGAGAGAGGCCUCAGCAAGGGGCGUGAAAAUUGUGAUAGCCACUGGAAAAGCUCGUCCAGCUGUGAUAGAUAUUUUUAAGAAGGUGGAUUUAGCUGGAAAAGAUGGCAUUGUUUCAGAAUUUUCUCCUGGGGUUUUUUUACAGGGGUUGCUUGUUUAUGGUAGACAAGGUCGGGAAAUAUAUAGGAGCAGCUUAGAUCCGGACGUCUGUAGAGAGGCAUGUCUUUACUCUUUGGAGAGUAAGGUUCCACUUAUUGCAUUUUGUGAAGGCCGCUGCUUAACCCUUUUUCAUGAUCCACUUGUUGAUUCACUCCAUACAAUAUACCAUGAACCAAAGGCUGAGAUCAUCCCUUCUGUUGAAGAUCUUCUGGCAUCUGCCGACAUACAGAAAAUGAUUUUCUUAGACACUGCCCAGAGUGUGUCGGAUACAUUACGUCCAUACUGGUCAGAUGCAACAAAAGGUCGUGCCACUGUUGUUCAAGCUGUACCGGACAUGCUGGAAAUUGUACCCUUGGGAACAUGUAAAGGGAACGGAGUAAAAGUGCUGCUUGAUCACUUGGGAGUUACUGCUAAUGAGAUAAUGGCUAUUGGUGAUGGCGAAAAUGAUGUAGAGAUGCUUGAGCUGGCUUCUUUAGGCAUUGCACUGAGUAAUGGAUCAGAGAAGACCAAAGCUGUGGCAAACGUAAUUGGUUUAAGCAACGAUGAAGAUGGUGCAGCCGACGCCAUCUAUCGAUAUGCAUUCUGAGCAGCUGAAGGCUUCUCAAUCAUUGCAUUCCCUUUCUACUGGGGUGUAAGUUGAUACCCCUGAUUAAUUUUUUUUGGUUCCCAUUCAUUUUCUUUCACAAAAAGGUAAAGAUGAACAAAACAUAUCAUGACAUUUAUUUUAGUCAUUAUAGGCUGUAACUCAUUCAUUAAGGUUGCAAUGUUUUCAUGUCUAAAGGCAUGGUAGCUUUGCUUCCCCUUUUAAUAUAUGAAACAUGAUAGAAAGUUCAGGCUGUUACUGUGAAAUUUUUUGAUUAUAUCCGUUUGCCAUGGUAGAUAAUAACCCUUGUGGGGAUCAUUACAAUUUUUGUUGAAAAGAUACCGGCCAUAAAACUAGAGCUGUCAAGUUCUGAAUGAAUUCUUACAGCGUGUUUGUUGAGCCAUAUGUAUAUAACUUGUUGACUGUCAAACAUAUUUACAAAUCACUGUUAUUUACUUU